AUGCCGUGCUUCACAAUCAAUACGAACGUAGCAGCCGAUAAGGUACCAGCAGAUUUCUUGAAGAAGACUUCUGCUCUUAUCGCUAAAGCGUUGAGCAAGCCAGAGAGUUAUGUGGCCACCCGCAUCAACCCUGGUCAACAGAUGACGUUCGGUGGAAGCACAGAUCCGUGUGCGAUUUGCACAUUGGAAUCGAUUGGCGCUGUUGGUGGUGCUCGUAAUAAUGCACAUGCUGAGAAACUCUACAAACACAUCAAAGAAGCUUUGGGUAUCCCCGGAAAUAGGUACUUCUUUCUUCAAUGUACAUCAGCUUCGUGGACAUUGACCCGACAACGAUGGCAUUCAAUGGAUCAACUUUUGCCUAGAAAGCUGCGGUGCAAAUACAAGAUGAUGGAAUACGAGCAGAAUCAGUCGUCGAAUGAAAGACGCACGCAGUCGGGUGGUGGAAAAAUCUCAAAAGUUCGUUGGAUUAAUCCAGAAGCACGGCAGAAAAUCUUCGUCAGUGGCACAUACGAAUCUGCAGAUAACAAGCUAACACUUUGGUCGAUUCCACAAGUCUCAGCAGGUGGCGAUUCAUUCAACCGGGAUUUUCAAUUGAGUGUUGAAGACGAUGUGAAUGAUAUUGUAAAUUGUGGCUCGAGCAGUAUUGGUGUGGCGUUGAAUAAUGGUGAUGUGUUGGUGAUCGAUGCGGACAGUGACGAGUUGAACGUGCAACAAACGUUCCGCAGUGUUCAUCGACGUUGUGCUGCAAAUGCUGUGGCAGCUUUCGAGCAACGUUUGGUGUCCGGAGGUGCCGAUGGCUCGAUUGUUUUGUUUGAUCUCAGCCAGAAUGGUACAGCAUCUCAACCGUUUGUUAUUGCUUCGCAAAUGUCCAGUGUUCGUUCACUCGUAAUGCUCACCUCAAAUCUUCUGGUAUCAACGCAUCUAUGUGGUCGAAUCUAUUUAUGGGAUCUGCGAGACUGCUCUCAGUCGUCAUCUUUAUCAUCAUCCGACACAGCGCAGUCGAUCAUGAAGCCAUCACUUGUCUUUCAUCCAACAGACACGAAAUCGGCAAUAAUGACUGUUGCGGCACACCCGGCUGAUAGUCAAUUGAUCAGUUUUGGCACUGAAGAUGGUAUCAUUGGUUUCAUGGAUACGAGAGUGACGACAGAAUGCAUGGCACCGAUUUCAUUACCGUUUUCAGUUGGAUGUAUUAAUGAGAUAAGAUUCCAUCCAAGUUAUCCAGACAACAUUUAUUGUGUUUCAAGUGAAGGUGUUUUAAUACAUCUGGAUGCCACGCAACAACGAGUUCUUCAACGUCAAGGAGGCGGCAGUACCUCAAUCUCAAGAAUCACACCGUUUUCGAAUGCGAACGUUGCGAUUCUGAUGGAUGAACCAUUGCCAUUGAACAGUAUUGAUGUUUGCUCAGAUGGUGUUAUCACUGGAAGCGAUUCACAUAUGAUCACAUUCAUUGACAGACAAUUCUUUGUUUGA